UUUUCAAAAAUUCAAAACUUUACGAAAGCCCAGUAAAUUCUCUCAUCCGAUCGAGUGUGGGAUGUUUAAGAUUCUCUAAUCCGCACUAUCAAAGGCAAACCAGAUCAAUGGAUUCAAUCAUUCCAGAUCUGGGCCUGUGUCAAGCAUGAAUUUAGUAAUCCGUAUCUGGGAAACCUUUGUGUAGUUCACCCCUUAACCGACAGGCACCAGCAAAAACUCUUCUAUUGAGAAGGAGUGCUGUAUCAGAAGAAGAAAGGGUUUCCAGGACUCGCAUACAGUGUGAAAGAGUAAUUUCAGUGUGAUGGUUGCAGUUUCAGUUUAUUUGCACAAUCAGCAAAUACAUGCUGUAGGUCACACAUACUAAGCAAACAUAAAAAAAGACCAUCAUAGUGUUCGAAAAAAUCAUUAGCACAAACUCCCCUCAUAGUCGUACCCGCUAUUUCGGUAUGUCAACAAUAGCCCCUUUAACAUAGUACAACAACAACAAGCAUGGCGGCGCCAAUCAUGAAUAUUUACAAUUGCACAAUGAAUUUUUCACAAAUUAGCAGUCAGACUAGCGUUGUAUCAAUGUAUAACGCACACCAACUUGUAAAAUUAACAUUUCAGGGCAUACUUCUGCAUUCUGCAAGGAAUACUUGGUACGGUAACACAAAAAUGUGAACAUUUCAAAAAUCUGAGCCCAGGAAAUGAGGAUUUUCCGACGUCUUUUUUUUUCAAAUUCAAAAGUUGGAGAAAGCCCAGUCAUUUCUCUCAUCCGCCGGCCUGAUCAAGUGUGAGUGGGACAAUCACCGUUACUACAUCGAGCCCAUCGCCUUAGACAUGCAGCUAGUCCAGAGAUACUGACGUUAAGGCUAACUCCUCAGUCACUGAGGUACACAGGGGGAGUACACGUUCAUCUGUAACGAGCAGAGCUGUGGGAAGCAGUUUCUCACGUCGUACGCAUUACGCAUUCAUGUGCGGGUCCACACGAAGGAAAAACCUUUUGAGUGUGAGGUGUCUGGGUGUGAGAAACAGUUCAACACUGUGUACAGGUUACGUGCCCACCAACGAGUACACACAGGUCAGACAUUCAACUGUGAGGAAGACGGCUGCACCAAGUUCUUCACGACGCUGUCUGACCUUCGCAAACACAUCCGCACACACACAGGAGAGAAACCUUUCAAGAGAGAAGCCCUAUCAGUGCGGUCAAUGUGAGGGCAAGGCCUUCUCUACAUCUCACAGCCUCAAGAACCACCUGAACAGGCAUGUGGCAAAACAGGAGAACAAACAGAGUGUGGAGCAUCUUGAACAUUCAGAGUCUUCAUUACCGAUGAUGGAUGCUGAGGAGUUGCUGGAAACCAUGACAAAGUUCCAAACCUCCCAUCCCAGCAACCAGGGAAUCACAUUGUAUCCAGUCGAUGAGGAAGGUAACAUAGAGGUAGAGCCAGUGAUUAAGGUUCCCAUAGUAACAGCUGGAGUUAGGCCACGAUCAUCACAGCCUGCCUCUGAAACCACGCCCACCUCUCGUACGUGUAACACUGACUGCAAAUGUGCUUGCUGUGACAUGCCCUUUGCUAUAACCCCCAGGGUCGUAAAAUCAAAAGUGAAAAGUGGACCACAGAAAAAGAACAGAUCUAGUAAACAGGAUGCCGCAAAACAACAAAAAACUUUUACUUCAGAACAAUGCUGCUUUUCGCCGGAGAUAAGUGAUAAUGUAGAAGGUUAUUCAGAAUUACAGGAUUCUGAAUGUGUCCUGAAAUGUGUUGCGGAUCAUAAAUGUGCUACUACUUCUGGCAGUAAUACUUACAUUGGUUCCGGUCACAAUAAUAUUGAUAACAAUGUGGACAUGGUGUCCAGUGAUACAGGGGUACCCCUGAUAGACGGUGCAGUUCCCAAUACGGGGGAUGGGGAGGGUGUGGAAGAGGUGGGUGAGAAAGUACUUGUUCAGCAUUACCUACUGACCAGCAUCAUAACAAACUCGUCCAGCGGUAAACAGACCAAUCAGUUGAUCACCACGCCAAUCAUGCUGCCUAAUGCCUGUAACACAGAGGUAAACAGUGACCAGUUGAAACCGGUUCCUGUCCACUUGGUGGCCAACCUGCUUGUCGGGCAACAGUGCGAAAUGGCUACCGAAUCUCAGGUGUCGGCCGUCAGUGCAUUUAGGGCGGAAUUAAUACCCGAGGGCAUCAACACAGGGGUGUAUCCCAGCGAACAAGAUGCGGCAACUUGUGAGACCAAUGAAAUUGGAAAUAUUGCAUACAUUAAACAGGCGAGCAUUGGUGACAUUGAAUCCAUGCCGUAUCCAAACUCAAUCUGUGAUAACGUUGAGGGAAUUACUAACAUCACUGUUUCAGAACCCAGUUAAUGUCCACCCCUGUCGCUCCAAUGAUUAUUGAUGCCCAAUGUAUGGACAAAUGUUGCGACUACACGGGGACAGUAGUGGACGGAAGGGAGUUCCUACUGACUGGCCCACUGACCACUGACCUUCCCCAGGGUGGGAAUGUGGGUCAGGGGGUCAUGGUUAUUGGGCCAGGGGACUUGGAACUCUCAAUGGCAGCUUCACAAGAACUGAAUGACGCCCUCUCAAGCAUUUAGUUUUCAGGAAAUAUGGGAGACUCGUUUGGGGAAGACUGGGCUUAAUGCAUGGGAGUAAAGUGUCAUCUCAGAUUAGCCUGUGCAGUCUGCACAGGCUAAUAAGGGAUGACACUUUCUGCUUUUAUUUAAUUUUUAGUUUCAAGAAAGUUUCUAAAAAUUAAACGUCCAGUUUAUGCGGCAAGUGUCGUCCCUUAUUAGCCUGUGCACAUUGCACAGGCUAAUCUGGGAUGAUUCAAUGCAAAUGCAUUAAGCUCUGUUUUCCCAAAACUGUAACUUACAGACAUCUGUCAUAAGAGUCAUGAUCACACAAUGAAUAUUCUUCCAAUUAUGUUUUUUGAUAAGUAUUAGUGCUAUUGAUAUUCUGUUCACUGUAUUUCGUGGAACUUACACUUCACCUUUCCCCACUGAGUUAUGUCCAUUUUGACAUAGAUUUCCGAGUUAAAGUUGUCUCUUGAUAGAUCUAUAAACUUUACUACCAGCGAAAUGGCAACUCAUGUUAGAUGUAUAUGAGUGACCUAAGUACAUGUACAAAGUGCACUUUCAAUUCAUCGUCUAAAACAGAACUAUAAUCAUUGUUGUAAUUACAAUACUUCUUUGAGGCAAUAUUAUUUAUGUGAUAAUAAAACAAAGGUUUAUUUAAAACGCAGUGAACAUGUCAUUUAUGCAGAAUUAUGCAUUUAUAUCUUAAGACUCACAUUAAGUGUUACAAGAAAGGAUGAAUUUAUGCAGAACAGAAGAUGAAGUUGUUACCUGUGUUGCUCAGCGUAAGAUCAGGUCCCGUAUUCACCAACCAAUUCUUAAACUUAACUCUAAAAAAUUAACAAUAUUCUCAAAACUGCAAUAUUCUUAAAUAUGGGUACAUGUUAAUGCAUGUAUUGACAUGGAAUUUAACACCAUUUAUUACACAUUCGUCAUUAGAACUAUUCUUUUAUGACAAAAAGAAUAUUUGUAACCGUUAUAUGUUAAAAUGCUGAGGGUAUUUUCGUUGUUCUAUGUAUAUGGGUGUGCUCUGUUAAAAGGGGGUUUAAUGCAUGUGUGAAAAGUGU